UAUAAAAACAUGCCGGUCCUCAUCUCCGCACUCACUCCCUCUUCAGCCAGAGCAGAGUUACAGAAAUCUUCCAGCAGCAUGACAUCCUUCUCCAACUACAGCUUCAGGUCCUCAGGAGGAUCCGGAGGCCGUAUGAGUGUUGGGAGGGCCGCUAGCAUGUACGGAGGUGCAGGAAGUGGUGGGGUUCGUAUCUCUAGCAGUUCUGUUGGCCGUUCCUUUGCUAGUGCUGGAUCUGGUGGCUUUGGCUUCGGAGGUGGCGCCGGAGGUGGCUUCCGAGGUGGCGCUGGAGGUGGCUUCGGAGGUGGCGCUGGAGGUGGCUUCGGAGGUGGCUUCGGAGGUGGUGCCGGAGGUGGCUUCGGAGGUGGUGCCGGAGGUGGCUUCAACCUGUCCGAAGCGAUCGAUGUGUCCGCCAAUGAGAAGGCCACCAUGCAGAACCUCAACGACCGUCUGGCCACCUACCUGGAGAAGGUGCGCUCCCUGGAGAAGGCCAAUGCUGAGCUGGAGCUGAAGAUCCGCCAGUUCCUGGAGAGCAAGACUUCUCCCAAGUCUCGGGAUUACUCUGCAUACUACGCCACCAUCAGUGACCUCCAGGGCAAGAUCCAGGAUGCCACACGUGUCAAUGGAGGCAUCUACCUCAGCAUUGACAAUGCCAAGCUGGCCGCAGAUGACUUCAGGGUCAAGUACGAGAAUGAGCUGGCCAUGAGACAGUCCGUGGACGCUGACAUCGCUGGGUUGAAGAAGGUUCUGGAUGAGCUGACCUUGGCCAGGUCUGACCUGGAGAUGCAGAUUGAGGGUCUGAAGGAAGAGCUGGUGUUCCUCAAGAAGAACCAUGAGGAGGAACUCCUGGCCAUGCGUGACCAGAUGAGCGGACAGGUCCACGUAGAAGUUGACGCCAAACCACAGGAAGACCUCAGCAAAGUCAUGGCUGACAUCCGCGAGCACUAUGAGGCUGUCGCCGCCAAGAAUCGCAGAGAUCUUGAGGCGUGGUUCCAGACCAAGAGCGAAUCAUUGAACAAAGAAGUCGCCAAAAGCACAGAAACCCUCCAGACGAACCGGUCAGAAGUCACAGAAAUCAAGCGCACACUGCAGGGGCUGGAGAUCGAGCUUCAGUCGCAACUCAGCAUGAAAGCGUCACUCGAAGCCACACUGGCAGAGACCCAAGCUCGUUACGCUUCCAGGCUCGCUGGCUACCAGAUGCAGGUAUCCAGUCUAGAGGAGCAGCUGGUGCAGCUCCGUGCUGACCUGGAGCGGCAGGGUCACGAGUACCAGAUGCUGCUGGACAUCAAGACCAGACUGGAGCUGGAGAUCGCCGAGUACAGAAGACUGCUGGAUGGAGAGACCAGCAGCAGCUCCACCAAAACCUCUGCUGUAGUCUCCAGCUCCACCUCCGGCUCCAGCUCCACCUCCAGCACAACACGCAAAGUGGUGACCAUUGUGGAGGAGGUGGUGGACGGCAAAGUGGUCAGCUCCACCUCCAAGGCUGUGAAUAAGACCUUGUGAGGAGAUCACAAGUCCAGCGAACACAAGCACUUUGAGCGUCCGGGAACCCGGCGCUGAGUGAUGAAAUCAAUAAAGUGUUCAGAUCAUUGAU